AUGGACGAUGGCAUACCUGAGUUUGAUUUCAGUGAUUUGGUCAUUGACGCAAAGAGAGAUGCGGAAGAGGAGCAUCUUGUAGUGGCCGAUGCUGAGGAGGAGGAUAUUGUGCUGGUAGGAAAAUCUUCCCUUGAGGACACGGAGAUAUCCGGUUCGUUGCAGUCGUUGCCUCGGAUAUCCAAGAAGAAAGACCCUCAUGUGGUGCACUUGCUGAAGCGUAUAAGCUUGCAGUCUACGAUAACCUGCAUAUUAAUUCCGCUGUUUUCACUGUUCAAGAUAACGAUAUCGCCUCCCAGAGACGGCAAUUUGAGCUUGCUCUACUUCUUUGGGUUUUACAUGAUUCUAUCGCAAAUUUCAUUGUUUGGAGGAUACCAUAGGUUCUUCUCACACCAGUCGUUCCAUGCGCAUGUGGGCCACCAGGUAGCAUAUGCGGUUUUGGGUGGCUCCUGUGGGCUCGGCUCUGUUCUUCAGUUCUCGAGCCAGCAUCUGGCACAUCACAGGCAUCAGGAUACGGAAAGAGAUCCGCACUCUUACAGCGUCUACGGAUGGUUAUUCUCUAUUUGGGGCCAUAGAUUAUUUCUUGGGAACAGGAAAUCAAGAAAAGCUAUCUCAGAAUGUCGCGAUACUAUCCUUUCUACGUCCAAGAUGGUUCGUGGGAAGCUGCAGGAGUCCGAGAGAGAUCAGCUAGUUCAACCUCCAAACCAUGAUAUUCUGAAGAUCCAGGACGACAAUUACGUUUUACUCCUGCUACUGACGCUAUUGGUGUUCCCUUGCCUGGUGGCGUCGUAUUGCAAUGUUCCAUUUUUGACAAGCAUCUUUUACUUGGGAUUUGUUCGUAUGUCUUUGAUUCAACAGCAGUGGCUCUUACUUGGGACCAUAGCUCAUUUGAAAAACUUUCCACUCGCGUCUCAGCCUUUUUCAGACAUCAGAUCUGCAAUCAAUGUGCCUCUCUCCUUUGUGUCGCAGUUUAUUCUGUUUGGAGAGGCAAACCACAAUUUCCAUCACGAGUUCCCUUCGGAUUAUACUAACGGUACUAGGUGGUAUCACUGGGAUCCGUCAAAGUGGUCUAUAUGGCUCUGCUAUCAGUUGGGACUCGUUGAUCAUCUACACAGAACCGAGAAACAGCAAGUGGAGAAAUGUCGGAUUCAACAGCAGCAAAAGCUACUGGAUAAGGAGCGCUCCAAGCUGAAAUGGGGGAUUCCUAUCGAAAGUCUACCCUCAAUGACUUGUGAGCAGUUCACCGAAUUGGCUAAGCAGCAAUAUUUGAUGAAUAGAAGGGCGUUAGUGGCCAUCGAAGGAAUAGUCCACGAUGUUACUCCUUUCAUUCACAAUCAUCCUGGCGGUACUGCUUUGGUGAAGUUAAGUAUUGGGAAAGAUGCUACUCAAGCUUUCAACGGUGCCGUGUAUCUCCAUUCUCAAGCCGCUAGAAACUUACUAGCUACAAUGAGAAUAGCUAUCCUCACUUCAAGUGAACAAGUUCAAAACACCGUGUGGGAAACAAAGAUGCUGCAAAAGAGUCAGGAUAGGCAGCGCAGGAAUAAUAGGCAGGUUACUUAUACACAGAAAAAUCAUUACGCCGCGGGUGCGGCUUAA